GCAACAUGCAGUGCAGUGAAGUUUGUAGAUGUACGUUUUGACACCUCACCAAAGCCCCAUCCAUCACCAUGACAUUUGAAUAGAAACUGCAUCCUCAUUCAUUAUUGUCAUUGUCACAACCACAGUGACCAUCUCUCCGCCGCCAGGAGUCCCUGCCUGCCAUGGAGGCGGACAUAGACAGCCCCAAUUCGGGGUCGCCAUUGUCAGACAUGGACUCUGACGACUUCCCUGAAGAUGUUAAAUUCAACGACCCUCCGCGCUCAAGAGCUUCUACGAUUUCCGCCUCAGAUGAUGAUCUAGCAUCACACUCCAGCGUGACAGCGUCGCGAGUCUUCGACAUGCCUCCUGCGAAACGCCGCAAGACAGGCCUAUCAAGCUAUGACCAUGCCACACCUCAGUCAGGAUCUACUGCUGCGGGAGGUCGAUCUCGUUCACGGUCGCCUACAGGCUCGAUCUCGAGCGAUAGUUCGGGCUCUGUGCCUACCUCACCGUCUCACGCCAAUCUCGGUCCUACUCACCCGCUUUCGACCGCGUAUGCCGCGGCGCAAGCCAAUCCAGAGAAUCCUGAAAUGGCCGACUACGUUCAAGUGACGAGGUGUCUCUGGGACGGCUGCACCGACCGAGAGCAAGGAAACAUGGACAAUCUCGUGACACAUAUCAAUGAUGUGCACAUUGUCCCGCGUCAGAAAAAGUACUACUGUGAAUGGGAGGGAUGUCCUCGCAAAGGUCAGCCACAUACUAGCGCCUACGCGUUGAAAGCCCAUAUGCGAAGCCACACAAAGGAAAAGCCAUUCAUGUGUUCCUUACCCGAGUGUGACCGCAGCUUCACCCGGUCGGACGCACUGGCCAAACAUAUGCGGACUGUGCAUGAAACAGAGGCGUUGCGGCCAAGUGACCCCGUUCCUAGAGGGCACACGGGAGGCAUUUCCAAUGGAGGUCCCACUUCCAACACCAUCAAGAGACUCAAGUUGACGAUGGGUGGCAAGGCAAAUGGAGACAAGAAAGCUGCCCUGAUGGGCGAUCUGCCGGAGUUGCCAACCCGCUACACUGUGGCCAUGAUGGGCAUCAAUCCGGAUGACGUUGAAAUGGCCGAUCCGGAUGCCUCAGACGAGCUGGCAGAUGCGGUUGAUGUUGACAGCGUCCCGUCGACUUUACCUCUCCCUGCCGACUACUGGCCUGCCGAGAUUUGGGAAGGCAUGGAUGAAUAUGAGCGCAGUCUCCCUCCUUCUCAAUAUUUCCGAUUGCUGCGUCGACAAAUCUGCUGGGCGGAAGAGGAAGGCCGGGAACUGCAACGUGAGCUUGAGGAUUUACGAUCCAGAUUCGAGGACAGCCAAGGUAACAUCAUCAAGCGAGGAGCAGGUGAUGAGAAAGGAGCGGAUGAGAACCGUCGAUUGGAGUGGCAGCAGGUGGAAGAGUUGUUAGAUACGAUUCUACGGGCCGAAUGUGCAAAGGUCUUUGAGUCGCUCGGGGCAGAGAAACCGCCUGGGGUUGAGGAGAUGGAUCCCUGGGAUUUGCUUAAGUCGCUGCCUCGGACCCUGCCGCAGUUGACGGCGAACGAUAACUAGAAAACGAGUGGCGACCGUGGCCGACGGGGCGAGGAGCAGAGUUAUUGAACGUGUACCAAUUGGUCCAGAAUCAGCUCCCAGGGAUGUUGUUUGUUUGAGCCAUAUCAUUCCACGAGGGGUUGUUUUGGGCUUGCAGUGGCAUGGCCGAUAUUGUAUGAACAUGAGAGAAAGGGCUGAGAGGCCGAGCCAUCAUCACCGGCCUCGCGGAGAUGAUUGAAUGAAAACGUCAGAAAAUACCAUACGUCGAAGUUUUGUUCCCUCGUCUUCCAAGGCCUGUCUGCGAGUUGAACUAUUAGCGGCCUCCCCAUGCGACAAAGAGCCUCAACUCUUCUGCCAGUCGACAUCCUUGUAAUGUAACAAUAUGCAGCUCACCUCUGACUCAUACGUCUCGCCAGGAGAACCGUUGUUUCCAACCCUGGUCUUAGUUCAGUGGCUGCCUGGGCUACAAAGAAUGCAAGAUGGUGGGAUAUCCCGUGACGUUGGUGACAAUGGGACACAGCAUGUCAGCAAUCUGGCAACAUUCAACAUUCAGCACAUUAUGAUAGGACAAGAAAAGUCGCGCAACUGGGGAACGCGGCAUGGACAUGGAAACAUAGUAUGGAGUCCUAUUACUACUGCACGGCGUAUGAGGUCCCGUCUUCCCGCGCGGUGAGUGAGACCCGGAUUUGUACAAUGUUGUAUGUACUGUACGAUUGGGACUGGGAUUGGAAUGGGAAUGGGAAUGGGAUUCUGAUGCAGUGGGAUGGGAUAGGAGCCGGAAAACCACAUCCAGUGUGGGUGGGUUUCCAGGCUGCCAGUGGUUCCGUGCCAGUAGCAAAGAAAGUGGGCUUUGACGUUGAUUGCUUCACAGGGCACAGUGGAUGCAGUAGUGGCAUGCAGUGCACAGGUGGAAAGGCGCACAGCCUACAC